GGAGUCGGCAGGUGUCACAGCGGACAGGUCAGCCCGGCGAGGCGGAGACAGGAGCCGGGACGGGCCGAUACACGCUCCGGUCUGUCUCCGCCAGAAGAACUCCGCUCAGAAAUCAGUCAAGUCUAUUUCCUCGCUUAAAAACUGACAACAGAAACACGUCACGGCAUGAUUUAACACGUCAGAGCCUUCAUUACCACCCUAAAGCGACGAUGGGUCUGCUGGAGGACUGUCAGGAGCUGUUCGGAUCCUCAGACCUGUAUGAAGUUCUGGGUUUGGAGCGUUCGUCCUCGGAGGCCGAGGUCCGGAGAGGUUACUACAAGAACUCUCUGAAGGUUCAUCCAGACCGAGCGCCCGACGACCAGCGGGCCACGACCAGGUUCCAGACUCUGGGGAAAGUGUACGCUGUGCUGAGCGACGCAGAGCAGCGAGCCGCGUACGACGAGCGGGGCGUCGUCGACGAAGAGUCGGACUCUCUGACGCAAGAACGCGACUGGGACGAAUACUGGAGGCUGCUGUUUCCUAAAAUCCGCCUGCAGGACAUCCUGGACUUUGAGAAGACGUAUAAAGGUUCGGAGGAGGAGCGUCUCGACCUGCUGCGCCUCUACAGCGACUGCAGCGGAGACAUGAACCGCAUCAUGGACGCCGCCAUGUGUGCCGGAGCGGACGACGAGCCGCGAAUCAGACUCAUCCUGCAGGCGGCCAUCGACGGCGGCGACCUGCCGGCUCUGAGAGCGUUCACCCACGAGAGCCGCAGGAAGAAGGCGGCUCGCAAACGCAAAGCUGACACUGAGCGUGCUCAGUCCGAGCAGCUGAAGCAGGAGCUCGGCGUGGACGAGGGCGGCAGCCUGUCGGCCAUCAUCAAGAGGAGGGCGUCCUCUCGUGAAAGCGACUUCAGCUCUCUGAUUGGCCGAAUGGAGGAAAAAUACUGCAACAAGAAACCGAAGGCAGCGAAGAAGAAGCUGGAUCAUUAAACAGGUCUUCUUCUUCUGUGGUGGCUGGAAACAAGCAGAGCUGCGACUCUGAUUGGUCCACAGAUCUCAUGUGAUUUAAUAAACGGCUGCUGUGUCUUGAUGUUAUAUUGAAUGUUUCUGUAACUCGUCAAUAAAUGUUCAGAUGUG